GGGCUAAAACUUCUCACCAUCUGACACUCUCCAACUCCUCUCAACAGAACCUCCCUCCUCUAUUCAACUCAUCUCUCUCUCUCUCUCUCUCUCUCUCUCUCUUCUCCUCUCUCUCUUUUUCGAGUCGCGUUUCUUCUUUUGCUUGUAUAGAGACAUCUUCACGGUUUCCUCAUCCCAGAACUUGUCACUUCUCUCUGGAAGAAGAAGCCCAAGUGGUUAAGAAGAAGAAGAAGAAGAAGAAGAAGAAGAAGAAGAAGAAGAAGAAGAAGAAGAAGAAUCUGACUUCAAUCUAAUUCCCAGAUCCGAGUUUCUGACUCUUAGGUUUGUUAUAUGAGUAUCAAGGUUCUUUUACUGAGCAAUUUGCUCCAUUAAUGGACUGUUGCUCCUCUUAUACGGAUCAGGAUUUGCGAUUGCUGUGUUUUGCUUGUUACAUUGUUCAUCCUUUUGAAGUUUCGUAGAUCGAGUUGGCGUAUGGAGAGCUUCGAGAGAGUUUGAGAGCUGAUUUCGAUAAUAAAAGUUUGUAACUUGCUGUGAUGGGUGGGCUUUGUUCGAGGAGUUCUUCUGUAAAUAAUGCUCCUGGUGGAAGCUUUGCACAUGUUAAUGGUCAUUUAAAUAAUGGGUCUGAGGUGAAACUUCAGUCUGGUGAUGGCAGAGCGAGGGACAAAGUUGCUGAUCCUUCUCCUAUGAGGGAGGAGAAUGUGGAUGAUAAGCAGCAUACAUCAGAAUCGUUUUCGUUUCCUAAUUUGAAUGUAGUCUCUGGUGGAUCUCAUCCUCAGAAUAUCGAGGAUGGAAUCCCUCGUUUAUCCAGGGUUUUAUCUCAGAAAUCUAGAUCCACUAAGUCUAGGCAGGCUGCUGUGGCUAAGGUUUCAGAAGUAAGCUCUCUUUUGGGUAGGGCUGGCACUAUGGGACUUGGUAAAGCUGUUGAUGUGUUGGACACACUUGGGAGUAGCAUGACGAAUCUGAACCUUAGUGGGGGAUUUUCUUCUGCGACGACUGUUAAAGGGAAUAAGAUCUCAAUCUUGUCUUUUGAAGUCGCUAACACCAUCGUUAAAGGCGCCAAUCUUAUGCAUUCUCUUUCGAAAGAUAGCAUUACACAUUUGAAAGAGGCAGUGUUACCUUCAGAAGGUGUCCAAAACCUAAUAUCGAAAGACAUGGAUGAACUGUUGAGAACUGCUGCUGCGGAUAAAAGGGAAGAGUUGAGGAUCUUUUCUGGAGAGGUGGUGCGUUUUGGAAAUCGUUGCAAGGAUCCUCAAUACCACAACCUGGAUCGCUUCUUUGACAGGUUGGGCUCUGAAUUUACACCCCAGAAACAUUUGAAACAAGAAGCAGAAACCAUAAUGCACCAGCUGAUGUCAUUUGUUCAUUUUACAGCUGACUUGUAUCACGAACUCCAUGCGCUGGAUAGGUUUGAACAAGAUUACCAACGUAAGAUCCAGGAAGAAGAGAACCCAAGCACAGCACAACGAGGUGUGGGAGAUACACUUGCUAUCUUAAGAACUGAACUAAAAAGUCAGAAGAAGCAUGUAAGAAACUUGAAGAAAAAAUCUCUUUGGUCUAGGAUCUUGGAAGAGGUAAUGGAGAAACUCGUAGAUGUUGUCCAUUUCUUGCAUUUGGAGAUUCAUGAAGCCUUUGGUGGUGCAGAUCUUGAUAAGCCUGCAAAUGACCCGCCAAUCAAUCAUAAAAAAUUGGGCUCUGCUGGUCUUGCCUUACAUUACGCAAACAUCAUCACUCAAAUUGAUACUCUUGUAUCCCGGUCUAGCACUAUGCCUGCAAGCACAAGAGACGCAUUGUACCAAGGUUUACCCCCAAGUAUAAAAUCUGCUUUACGGUCCAGAAUACAGUCCUUUCAGACUAAGGAAGAGCUAACUGUUCCUCAAAUAAAAGCCGAAAUGGAAAAAACGUUGCAGUGGCUUGUUCCUGUUGCUACAAACACAACCAAAGCACAUCACGGGUUUGGAUGGGUUGGAGAAUGGGCAAGUUCCGGGUCAGAAGCGAACCAGAGACCUGCAGGACAAACAAUACUAAGGAUAGAUACACUUCACCAUGCAGAUAAAGAAAAAACUGAGGUUUACAUAUUAGACCUGGUGGUGUGGCUUCAUCAUCUCGUUACGCAAGUCAGGGCCACUACUGGUUAUGGUCUAAGAUCUCCGGUUAAGUCUCCAAUCAGAUCACCUAACCAGAAAACGAUCCAACUAUCCAGCGGUUCACACAACCCAAGUCAGGGUUCUCCGUUGCUGACAAUGGAGGAUCGAGAGAUGCUUAGAGACGUAAGCAAGAGGAGAAAAACACCAGGAAUAAGCAAGAGCCAAGAGUUUGAUACGGUGGCGAAAGCACGGCUUUCCAAGCACCACAGGCUAAGCAAAAGCAGUAGCCACUCGCCAAUGAUGGGAGAGAUGAUGAAAAAUAACAAGGAUACUUUCUCAACCAGAAGACCUUCUUCUGUUCCCAUCAUUGAUUUUGACAUUGAUCGCAUGAAAGCUCUUGAUGUGAUUGACCGCGUGGACACCAUCCGAAGCUUGUAGUUAACGAUGUCCACCCCAACUGUUGAAGUUCACAAUUGGGAUUGGACAGACGGUAAACACCAACGAUGAUAUGAUGAAAGAAUGUGGAUGUGAGUGAUCCCAUGGAUGCCAUCGAAAUUCGAAACCCUUUAUAGGUGUGAUGAUUCGGGUUACAAAAAUGGCAAGAGUUUAGUAGUAACUUUGUACUCUUUUUUUUUUUUUUUUUUUUUUUUUGGGUUUUAUGGGUGUAAGUUGGCUUGGUUUUGUAGCAUUUCCUUUGUAUUGUUCAUUUUUCUUGUUGGUUAGUUGUAUUGUGUACAUACAAAAAACGUUUCUACAUAUGAGAUCAUUUGGAGAAUAAAUAAUAAUAUAUUAUCUU